AUGUCUGCAAAGGAGGUUGAAUCUCAGAUCAAUGCUAUGCACCACAAAGAUGUCCUAGUAUAUAUGAUUCGCGCACAAAAUGCUGCGGUGGUCAUGAGAAAAUUCGAAUCCGAGACUAUAUUCGAAUCAUUUGAGAUCUCUCCCAACCCCACUGCAGUGAUGGGCGCAAAGGGAAAGCUGAUUUGUUCGUAUCCUGGACCUGCUAUCACAGUCCCGGAUACGAACAUCGACAAUGCUACCUUUCCCGCAGAGCUCGCGAAUUUUCUUGUCCGCAUGGAUCGAGAUGUCCUUGAUGCAGCAGCAAUGACGAAAAAAGCCGGGUCCACUGUUGCCAAAGAGAGGGAUACCACUCAUCCUCGAUACAUCACUGAACUCCUGACUGGUAUAUUGCGUGGCCUCGGGAGCAUUGCUGAUGUUCCUCGCAUCCGCAAGCGCAUCGGAGAUGAUGUAUUGUGGGACAGCGUGGAAUUGCCGUGGAGGUGCUCUCCACUUUGGCUUGUAAUUCGCGUUGCCUUACAGACGACUCUGGAGUGCUGUGCUCUUGGAAAAACGACGUACAAAUCGUUCAUGCUAUUUUCCAUGGCGAGGCUCACAACCCUUGCCCUCGACCAUGACUUGCCAAAUGAUACCCUACACUUCAUGUCAGCAAAGAUUGCACGUCGUCUUUUCAAGCUUGGAUCCUCUGCUUCUCCGGAGCUCUCGCAAAUGGUCAGUACGGCCACCAGUGACGUGAGGAGUAUCCUAGAGGGAAGAUGGGGAUUUGUUCAAGACACUCAAUGGGUCUCACCUCAUUGGGCUCCCGAGACCCUCCGAGUGCUGCAAGAUACCCAUCUUUCCUUAAACACCAGCCGAGAGUACAUACGCCAAGCUUUCCAGAAUCAGCAUUCGUCCUUCCAACCAACCUCAUUCAACCACAGCCACCACAUGCGCGGGACAAUCAAUGAUUUCCUUGACGCUGGUGCUGACUUCCUUGUAGCUGCCCAUGCUGCAGAACCAUCCCUUUCUCUCAUAGACUUUGAGAUGGUUGUUAGAUCAGGGAUUGACGAUUGGGUAGCACGUAUUUCAUUUCAGAGCAUCGACUCCACAUGUGUCUUGAUUGAGGUGUGCACAUCUGCAUACUCCUCAAGAGUGCUGAAGGCUUAUGAGGGAAACCCGGAGAAUUUUUCGAUCAUGCUUCUAACUCUUUUUGAGCUCUGGGUAGCCAUGGACAAGAUCGUUGUUCGACAAAUCCCAUUGCUGUCAGAAUAUUCCCCCGAAAUCCCAGUGACCCUUUUGGAACAUCUUCUCAUAUGCCAAUCUUCAGCCCUUGAUCGUUUAAGGCACUUACACACCUAUCUGCAAGUUCAUCAUUGCCAGGGUUCCAGUCGUCGGUUGGCGCCCUCGUCUACCGAAGAUAACAAGUCAUUCGCAGUGUGCUAUUUUUACCAGUCAUCCAAGCUGAAGAGUUUGAAGCUAGAAAUUGAGUGGGACGCUCAGGAAGAGCGUGAGCAGAAGUUGACUGAGCUCUGGACCUUCAAUGAGAGGUACACUGACUUAGAGAAGCACGCAGAAAGUUUAUCACAUGAAUACGCUGUCAACUCCUGCGGCUGGGAUUACCACAAGAAGAAGAGUUGCGACAAGUGUUGCAUGGAGAAGGAGAUGCGAAUCCAUGAAGAUUACAAGCAUGAACGGGAGGCAAUUGUGGUUGUCUUUGAGCUAGCAUGCCCCACCACGUUUGACAUGUGGAGAUCUAUGACAUUCCAUAUCCUCAUUGAUGUCUGCACUCCAGAAGAGAUUUUGCCAACUGAUCCCUUCAUGACACUACCGAAAUAUGGCGCCUUGCAGAAGUACCGUCAGUGCCAUCCAAGGCAAAGGUUGACUUUGGCGUCGGAUGCCAAACCCUUCACCAUGUGCCAUUACAGUAGCACUUGCAUUCCCAAGGAGGACGACAAGAUGCAUGGGCUGGCCGACAUACUACUGCUGCGCUUCGAUUCUAGCAAGUUGUGCACAUUCCUUCUGCCCAAGGGACCGUAUAAUGGUUUGCAGCAGUACCUUGCAGGAAUGUCCCACAUGUCGAACGAGGUCAUAGCCAAUCAGGCAGAUUGUCACAAGGACAUGACCAUCCACGAAUUCAUCGCAUUCAGAGCUUUGCAGAGCGGACCGCUACUACAAUGGAUGAAUAUUCUAUGUGAACUCCGUGCGAGGGUGCUCAAUUUUCGACGUGAAGAAGUCCAUCUACUGCUAGUGCAGGCUAUCUCACAGGUUGGCCCACUUUCAUUGGACGACAACCUUGUUUGGCACGAGGAGCUGAGCAGCGCGCCCUUCAUUAAUGCGCUACUUGGAGAGCUGGAGUGUUUGAUGGCAAGUGUCGAAGGAAAUUGGUUGGAGGGCAUCACGAUCAGCACUAUCAUCAUGCUUGUGUGUCGCAUCUUGUCGACUGAGGAAGAAAGCAUCAAACGUCACGGAUAUUUGCUUCUUCGAAACAUACGAACUACGACCAUCACGCUGCUAACGCAGCUUUCAGGGAAAAUGCAAGCCAACAAUGACAAAACGGUCAGUCAGGAUUUACAAGGACGUGUUCACGAUAUGGCAAUCACAUGUCGGAGUACCUUUGAUGUUGACGUUGAUGGAGAUGCUUCACUGCUCCUGACGUCGAACGACGACAUGAAGGUAUUUGCAUAUUGUGCGGUCAUGAUAUAUGACAACACUCCAAGUCAACUGGGUGAUCUCCUACAACAUUCCAAGCUCCUCCUAGAGCGAGACAAGAGAUGCUGUCAUGCAUUAGAAGCCGCUGUUCGCCAAUAUGCAGAGCUUCAUAGGGAGGGUCUUGAUUGCGCGAUUGCAGAAAUAUGGGGCAGCUACAGACCGGGGACUCCCUGGAGGGCACUGCCAGUUCCAAAUUCUCAUUGGCUUGUGACACAGACUGCACCCUCGUGCUCUCAAUCAUCACAAGACGUGCACUUCAAUUUGCCUUUUGAAGUUGCGACUCCAUUGCAAAUUUUGGACAUUGUUCCAGCUGAUAUUCCUGGAAUGGAGUAUGCGACACGCGGAAAUGUCUGCGACCAUCAGGUGUCUUUCGCUCUCUGCGACCCGAACAACCUCAUCAUCCACACAAAGCACAUUGAACAAGACUCGCCCAUCCUUCAGCUCAUUCUGAGUCAACAAUUUUUGGAUGACCUACCGGCAAUCUUGACACUGUCCCACACUCAUUGGCUCAACCUGAGCAUGAACAAAAUAGAGAUCCAACCAGUAGACAAUGCGUGGAAGUUCUCGCCCGAAAAUUGGAUCCUACAAUUUCCUGUUUCAGGCCCCUCGACGCUGCAGAAUGCCGGUGGCGCCACUCUUGUUGACAUAUGUAGUCAAACAUGGGACAUGGUCUCCAAGAGGAUGGGUUCUCUGGAGGAUCCCUGCUACAUGAUGGUCACAUGUAGUGCCAGUGAAGCAUCUGGUGGUCCUUUCUUCUCGCUGAAGGUUGAUUUACCUCGAUAUGGUCUUGAGUUCUUCAUCGACCAGGAUGGGGAAAUGCAGUCUCGAAACAUGAGCAACAUGGUCGUCGACACCAGCCAGUCGACUGGAACGAUGUUGGGAUUGAUUAACCAGCUAGUCCUACAUCCGAAGUCGCAAACUGCAGAUGAGCAUCCGUGUACUGUCAUCAUCCCAGAUGGUCGUAUAUCAUAUUCUGUUAAUGGCCAUCACGUUCGGGUUACCAUCGCUCCUGAAGGCACCCGAUUGACAUACCACUCAUACAAGGUUGACCCAGAUUUACGUUGUCUCGCUGGGAACAGGGGUCUGACGAGCAAGCUCUAUCAGGCACUCCUCCAUGCUGUAACCAGCGGCUGUAUCCCUGAUCCCCUGACGGGUCGAACGGGGACAGAGGAGGCAUUGCAUCUCUUACAUUCUGCAGCUUGCCAGUCCUUCAUGAAGCUUCACUCUCGUGAUACAGAUCUUUUGCGCGAGAUCAGUUUGUUGUCAACCAGGCGCAUCUGGUAUCCUGUUCACCUUCAGAAGAUGCAGACAGUUUCUUGGUCAUGCCUUGCAUCCCUUGCGCAGCACCACGGUUUUCAUCCAGCUGUGAAAUCUAUCAUGGACUACGGCAUGCAGCUUUCAACUUUCUCAGAAUGGUCUUCAAACAUUAAUCCUAGCUUGGAUCCGCCAUUUCCCAACCACCUUCUCGAGUGCGCGUCCACUCGUGCCUCGGCAGUCUACCCUGACCAAUUCUCUCUUCCACUUGCCCUUGGAAACACAGAUGUCAUUUAUACUUUGCGCGCUGUACCCGAUAAACAUGCGGAAGAGAGGGCAUUUCACACUGCCUUCAUGGUACGCCAGUGGCCAAGCAGGCUUCUGGUGCAACAUAAUCUUCUUGAUUUGUUGACCCAGUGGAAACAUGUCCAAGGAAUGGGGGAAUUGCUCAGCUUGCGAUACUCCAAAGACUGGCUCCAACCAAAUUUUCCCAAAGUCUUCCUUUCUGCAUAUGACCGCUUGCGUAGUGCCACAAAGAAAGACAUGUUUCAGCUGGUUUUCACCCUGGCUUCAGUAUCAUAUGGCGUGUUGGAUGACGAUGCGCUCAUGCCAACGCUCCUAGCCUUCACCACGGUUCCCGAAAUUCGCAGCCUGGGCGAACCACUGAAAUUCACUUCCUAUGAUCUCUUGGAUGGUUUCAGGCCUUCCUAUGCGAAACUGGACAGUAUUAUCAGUUUUUGUGCCAGAGAUUAUGAGAUCAGCCAGGAGAGACAACUACCUGCAAUACCUGGGGAAGAUGAAAAUACUUUGGGAAGGCGCCGUUAUGCAGCUUUCGAAGACAAGUGUCACUCUGAAAAGCAAGUCAUUCUCAGCAAUGUUCGGGAUGCUUGGCCGUGCGAAGAUCCUCCGGAACGUCAUACGCUGCAAGCAAACUGCUACAAUGUCAUGAAACUGUUGAAGACACUCCGCCCAUUAUUCCAAAGCUGUUGGCGAAACCACCUUUUGAAGCAAUACCUGGAUGUCCUGCAGGGGAGCCUUAUGCGAUUCUAUGCUCCCAAUCCUCCGUCAAAAAUACCAUCACAAUGCAAUCUUCAUUCCCAUAUUGUUCACUUGGAUGUUGCUUCACAGGCCUCAUCAGUUGAUUCCCAGUACCUUUUCGAUAGACAUCCGCCUGUCCUACACAUGUGUGGGUCUUCCGAAGUUCUGCCUGAUUUCAGUUGGAGACAUUUUGUGUCUCCAGACUCCGGAGUUACAGCGAGGUUGCAGCUGCUGAUCAACGACUUUCGCGACCGAGGGAGUAACAAAUUCCGCCGUGACUACGCGAAUCAUCUGGACCAGAGCAGGUCGAUUUUCUGCGAAGAAACGAGCAUUUUCCCACCAGAUUCUAUGCCAUACACGACAGAUGUACUGCUUGAAUACCAUUCUCUCCAUAGCCAGCAAUUCGAAGGUUCAUUCACAACGAUCGUACAUACCCUCUCCCCUACUUCUGCAGCUGAGAACGCGUUAUACAAUGCUGGGUUGUGGCCCCGAAUUACUCCAAACUUCCUCUUCACUUGCAUGGCAUCUGUGUCACCAAACUGUUUGGGGAACGCUUGGUUGUUGGUCUUUGCCGCUAAGAAAAACUGGGUGGAGUUCUUCAAGGAAUUGGAGAAUGAAGAAUGCGAGGGAUUUGAUCCCGAGCAGUACACCGAUUGGCUUUUGAUACAGAUUGAAAGUCAGUUCUCAGCCCAGCCUAUCCAGGUGAAGGUUGCGCUGGAGAUGAUGUCACCAUGCACGGGAAGAAAUACUUCUCUCCAGCUCAACAUGGGUGAAGGGAAAUCCUACGUCAUUGUUCCCCUUGCAGCCGCUGCACUUUCCGAUGGCCAUAAAUUGGUUCGAGUCAUUGUGCUGAAGUCGUUGUCGGCUCAGAUGUUCCAGCUCCUGGUCGAACGACUGAGCGGCCUUGCACAGAGGCACAUUUUCUAUAUUCCAUUCUCCAGAGUGCUCUCUAUCGACGCAUCCAAGGUGCAAAUGUAUUGUGACCUGAUGCAGGAAUGCAUGGACACCAGGGGGAUUUUGGUCGUGCAACCGGACCAUAUUCUGUCGUUCCAGCUGAUGGCUGUUGACCGUCAGCUGUCCCUUCGGACCGAAGCUGCUAAAGAGAUGCUGCAGGCUCAGCUGUGGCUCGACAAUCAUACGCGCGACAUCCUGGAUGAAAGCGAUGAAAUUCUGCACGUCCACUACCAGCUGGUGUACACUGUCGGUCUUCAAUGGUCGCUUCAAGGCCAUCCUGAAAGGUGGACGACUACACAACAAGUUCUGACUCUUGUCGUGAAGCACGCUGCUCGACUCCUAAGCGAAAUUCCCUCUCACUUGAAAGUGUCCAUUCAUAGGCACGGAGUGUUCCCCUUCAUUCGAGUUCUGCACCACACAGCAGGUGAAGAAUUGGUUCAAUGGAUCGCACAGGAUGUCAUUGACGGGGCACUUGACAACAUCAGCUUCAAUCAAGCAUCUCUGCAAGUGAAACAAGCUGUCCGCCAGUUCAUCGCAGUUGAGGAGACCUCCGAUGACUGUAUCCGCUUGGUGGAAGAUCACUGUAGAGACACCACCGUCUGGCCUGGCCUUCUAGUCCUGCGUGGACUGCUGGCUUGUAGUAUCUUGGUGUACACUCUCAAAGAACGUCGCUGGCGAGUGGACUAUGGUCUCGCCCAAGAACGUACAAUGUUAGCCAUUCCAUUCCGUGCUAAAGACAUGCCCUCGCUGCGGGCAGAGUUUGGUCAUCCAGACAUUGCUGUCACCCUCACCUGCCUGUCAUACUACUAUGCGGGCCUCACGCUCCAGCAGCUGAUGUUAUGCUUCAAGCUUUUGCAGACGCAGGAUAAUCCCGCCCUCGAGUAUGAAUCCUGGGUGCAUGGACUUCAGUCCGUCCCAGAUAGUCUACUGCACCUUAGCAUUUUUCCCAAGGAAGCCAAGGGAUUCCCCAGUAAGCUCGCCUGCUCUGGGUGGGAUCUCGUUCAAGAGAAGAGACACCUAACAACCGGCUUUUCUGGUACAAACGACAAUCGCUAUCUGCUACUGAGCUCGAUGGUGCAGCACGAACUUGAUUACCAAUGGAGCACGAACACCCGAGUCCUUGCAUUUCUUCUUUGCCCAGAAAACAAUUGCUACAGACGCAUCCCGCCCGGUCAAAAGGUGAAAUGUUUCAUCUAUGCCCUAGUCACAGAGACUCCUGAGGUCCGCGUGCUCCUGGACGUGGGUGCGCAGAUGCUGGAAUUGAAGAAUCAGGAGUUGGCCGAAGCAUGGCUUAGAGCCAAGCGUGACGCCAAAGUGGCAGUCUUCGUGAAUGACAACGAUGAACUCGUCAUCAUUAGUCGGGAUGGGACAGUCAAGCCCCUGGUGUCGUCCUCCUUCGCCCAGCAGCUUGAUCAGUGCAUGGUGUAUCUUGACGACGCCCAUACUAGAGGCACAGAUGUCAAGCUGCCUUCCGGUUCCCGAGCUGCUGUCAUGCUUGGCCCCAAAGUCACGAAGGACCGCCUGACGCAAGGAUGUAUGCGAAUGCGGAAGCUGGGCAAUGGGCACUCAGUAAUGUUCUUCGCUCCAACUGAAGUUGACCGAGGCAUCCGUUCGGCCACUCAGAAAGCUGAUGCAGACGGCGUCAAUGUGGUGGAUAUCCUGCACUGGGCAAUGCUCGAAACCUGUCUCGAUAUUGAGAUACGUAGAUCCCACUGGGUUCAACAAAGAUCGGAGUUCAAUGCUCGGAAUUCCGCAUGGGCUCAAUUCUCACGUACCCCUACUUCGAUCUCCACCCUGAAGACCGCUUGGUUGCAGCCAGAAGAGUGUUCGUUAGAGGAUAUGUACGCACCAUGCAGAAAGUGCAAGGAGCCCGGAGUUUUAUCUGGGGUUCUAUCAACCCGUGCGGGAAGCAUGGACGAGGAACAAGAAAGGGAGGUAGUCCACAAGGUGCAGACAGAACAUCAUCCGGAAAGACCAUCCAGGGUAGAAUCUGCAGCCCAGAGCCUACAUGUGGAUGUUCAUGUGUUCCUUAAGACCAGCCGAAUUCCUGUGGGAUCUUCUGCAUUUAUUCCAGUGCUAUCCAGCCUUGUCGACACCACUGCUGAAUUUCACGAGCACAAACGGUGGGAACACAACAUUUUAGUCACCUGCGACUUCGCUCGGACGGUGGGGACUCUCUCUGCCAUACAGGAAGCGGAUCAUUAUUUGCGGCCUGUCAAUUGGAUUGUGUCCAGUAACAUUGAAUGCCCAGUGCUGGUAGUCAUGAGCCCGAACAAAGUGAAUGCACUGUUACCUGAUAUCUGCAGGAGCAAUGCAAUUCACCUGUGCAUCUACACUCCUCGUACCACAAAAACGAUGCAGCCAUGCGACGACCUUCGACUUUACUGUGUUCCUUCGACACCACCGUUGACAUCAUCAGAACCGCUGAUUUUCCAGCUCAACCUUUUUGCGGGCCAACUCUAUUUCUUCAAUUACGACAUGUAUCUCCGCACUUGCAACUUCUUAGGACUCAAGGCACCAGAUUUGGGGGACGUGGACUUGAUAGCAGAUAGCGACGGGUUCAUCAGUGAGGAGAAUCGCCCCGCUGCGAGAGCAUCGUGCUCGUUCAAGCGAUCGCAGCUUUCUGCACUGAAGGAGUUGUUUGGGAUGAGAAGGAAAGGCAUGGGGUAUCUACUGACUCACCUCGGAAAGAUGCUCAACGGCCGCAUUUUGACUGGGGAGGAUUUUCUGGACUGA